ACACACUGCUGUAGUGGUUACUCAUUUUGUCUCGGAGCUCCCGUUAUCACCCUACACAGUUGGAAAAUGCUGUCUUGUCGCAUUUUAAGGAACUCUGAUAUUCCUCGCGGGAGUCUCAGGAAGCUUUGCGGCUUCAGAACAAAUCCUAGUGGCAAGAACGUGGUAAAACAACACAAUCUUUUGAUGAAGAACACCACCGUCAAAACUCAAGUUCGCACUUCCAUUAUUUCCAGGAAAAUCAUUCACGGAGGGAAGGGUUUGGCAUCUCAGCCAACUCCUGUAAAGAAAGAGUCUGCAAUAACAUUGGCCAGGAUCGCAUACGCAGUAAAACUUGCGCGACUUCCUUUCCUCUUAGUUGCAAUUUCUACAAUUGGCUAUGAACGAGGAGGUGAGUUGUUAUGAUCAUAUCCCAUCGCUUUGCGAUGGGGUAAUUUGGACGGGAUCAUGUUUGGUGUACUUAACAAGCCUUUGGUAUUUCUCACUCGACCCGAAAUUGGUACGUUCUACCAGCCACCGACGCAAUACGAAAUCCACUCAAAUUGCAGCAAGGAAAGUUCGAGGCUCUACUAGACGAAUUCGCGGUUGAAUCAGAAGACGAAGUCACCAUUAUCACAGAGCGAGGUGUCCUAUCUCGAUUGGACACGCCAUUAAGUUCACUGAAAUCUGGGAAAGGUAACACGAAGCACCCGAGAGCCGAGAAGAUUGCCUCGGUUGGAAAAGAAAUUUUAGUAUCGGCUAAGGCAUAUGUUAGAGCAAAGUUUGCAGAGGCUGUUGCCAAAGCAAAGGAUGAAAUCAUGAAGGAUGACGUUUAUAUUAAGGAACGAAUGCUUGAAAGAUUGCUUAAUGAAGAUCCUGAAGUAAAGAAAUGGAUAACGGCAUUGGAGCACAUCGAAGGAGCUUCUUUGCAGGGGAUUGAAAACUGGUCAUACGUGCUCAUUUCAAGUCCUAUUGUGAGUUUGUGUACUUCAAUGUUGUGAAAUUUAUUUCAAUACUUAGAAAGAAACUCACUCAUAGUUUUAACUUCUUUGAAGCCAAACGCAUUCGUUACAGAAAUGCUUCCUCAAAAGAUCUUCGUAACGACAGGUUUGUUUGAUCAAUACGUGAAGAAUGAUGAUGAACUUGCAAUGAUUCUUGGACAUGAAGUAAGCCAUCUGAUCCUUGGUCAUAUGUCCGCAUCCUCGUUUUAUGAGUCUGUAGUCCGCGGGGCAGAAAUACUAAUAUUGAUGUUGGAUCCAACAGAAGGCCUUUUGUCGUUGGGUAAGCACGAUUUGAGAAAGCAUGUUCUAGAUUUUUGGUCCAAUUUGUUAUUAUUUCUAACCCUAUUUUUUUGUUUUGUUUCGGAUCAACUCGGUGGUAGGCCUAGCCAGCUUUUUGUCUAAUAGCAGAGAAGCUGUCGUUGCGUCAUUUUCUAGAGCACAUGAAAGGGAGGCCGAUGAACUUGGGUGUAGAAUAGCGGCCAUGGCGUGUUACGACACAAAGCGCGGAAUAGAAGUUUUGCGAAAAAUGCAAGAAAGAGAACAUAACAGUGGAACUGCGUCUCAGCACAACCUAAAAUCAAGCCAUCCACCAUCGAAAGAACGAUAUGAUGAUUUGCAAGCGUUGGUCGAGACACAAAACUUUUCUGAGUAUAGCUACUGCAAUACUCUUAGGCGACGGAUCAAUCGCGCUUUGCAACGAAAAGAGUACUAGUAUGAAGUUGGACUCGGUAAGAAUUGAGCAACUUUUUUUGCUUUCUUCUCAUUUAACAACAAACUGCACAUGAUCGUUUGAUAUAUAGUGUGCAAAAGAUCUUUCAUCCAAUCUCUGGAAGUUUCAUUACUUGGAUUGCAAUCUUUGAGUUUAAAAGUACUCAAGUUUCUCGUCAUGUAUUUUAAUGAGAAGACCGAUUUCGCCAUGGAUUUCCGAUUUGACAUUUUGUUAUGUAUUGCACAAAGCUGAAUUGCACGGAUGUUUUGAAAAAGUUAGUGCAGGUCAUUUAUUUCAUUGAAACAUGAUGUACAAAUAGAGCUCAUCCACAGACUUUAGAAUUCAAUUUAUUUCAUGUUUCUAUCGAGUUGAAAAUCAGUACUGGUUUUGAUCCCAGCAAGCUAGUGAUGCUGUUAAAAAUUGAAAACAAUCAAUUUUGUUUGUAUGCCGGAUAUUUCUGUUUUAAUCCUUGCAACUCUUCGGAUUCUUCAAAACUAUUUGGCACUUCGGUUGGAAAAGAUCUUGAUCGUUUAGUCUCAGGAUCGCAAAUCAUACUUGGACCAUUAAAUUCAAGUAAACCCAUUACUAAACCAGUUCCGAUUGCAGUUGUUGUUKCAAUAUCAAAUCGUCGAGUAACAAAUCCACCGAGCACCAAACCGGCAGCAGCACCCGCCAUACUCGCAUUCCACGGGUCUUUUGAGGUUGUGCCUCUAACUUCGGAGAGGAAGGAUUCGGCGCCAGCAUACGUCACAGUUACUGCACUGAAGAUCAGUGCAGGUCGGAAUACUACGUGUUUGAGGUAUGCCAUUCCGCGUGCAGGUCCGCUGCUGAUACUUCCCUUCUGGGCGAAAAUAAAUUUAUCGGGAUAGUAUGCCAUUUGAAAGGCACCGAAGGCCGUACCUGCAGUAAAACCUUGAGCCUAUA